UCAUUAAUUGGUAUUAUUUUGCGAAAGCAUGCGUACAACAGGCCCUCUUUUCACAUUUGCUAGUCAGAUCCAAGAUCAAGGUCUUUUUAAUACUCUUAAUAGUUUUUUGACUGUUAAAAAAAUGUUUUCCUACUGGAGCAAAAAGAGUAUUCCAAGCAAAGUUGAAGAAAAAAGAAAUGAAACAUUUGUGUCUAUAAACGAAAGUAUUUCACAAACAGAAAUAAAAAUGGAUAAGGAAAAGAUGGCACUAUCGACUACAGAUAGGCACGUCCUUGAAUUUCAUGAUUUCCUGAGGCGUGUUCAGACGUUACAAAUGUCCCAUAUUGAGGCUAACAAAAACCAAGAUUUAAUAGUUAAUCGACCCAAUAUGUGCAGCUCGACAGCAGUUGAGGUCGGCGAGGAACCUGCGACCUCAUCGGAAGCUGAUAAUAUAGAUAUGGAAUAUCCUCACCUCACAAGUGAAUGUGAAUAUAUGCCAGUGGCUACUACCAAUAUUCGGGUAACAGUUGGUAUUGACAAAGAUUUAGAGAUGAUUCUUGAAAUGGAUCCGAGUAUUGUUGAUUUAGGUGAUAUUAGCAUUGCCGAAACUGCAGAGCCGCGUAUAGUGGGUUUACCUCCACUUUCGGGUGGACCGACAUUCAAAACUGCCACUCCUACUUCACGGACGCAACUGAAACUUCAGUUACAACGGGAACAACAUCAACAACAACAAAUGAUGAUACAGCAACAGACACUAGAUUCGCCGGACCCAAAAAUUCACCUAUUAUUUGGCGGUGGACAGGGAUCCACGGAGUCUGAAUUCAUCGACAGCGGUAGUACCAGUGCUUGUGGAAGUGGAUCAUCUAGCUUAGAACAAAUGUCGCAACUGGUGCAAAUGGAUAAUUUAAUUGAUUCGUCAACUGCAGCUAAACUUAAAGUUCCUCUUCAAAGUAUUGGCGUAGAUGUGCCACCCCAAGUGCUGCAGGUCAGUACAGUUCUUGAAAACCCGACCAGGUAUCACGUUAUUCAAAAGCAAAAAAAUCAAGUGAGACAAUAUCUCAGCGAAUCCCUAAAGCCAUCUAUAUGGGGCUGUCAUAACAGCGAUAUGAAACUGGCAAAUAACUCUGCGUCGACCGGUAACCUUCAGAGUUCAUCCUUAGAGAAAGGUGUCAGCCUUCCGUUGGAGCGUACAAAUAGUUUUGGGUGUGACACGGCUGUUACUGCCAAAAGACCAAAUCAUUCCGACGACUCGAUGCCGAUUUCCUUCUUUGGUGGCAAUUUUCCAAGAAGUGAUAACUUAAAUUCCAACGAUCCAAGUUUACUGGGACGUAUUAACCAUGUUUCUGCAGAAUCAGCAAGUGCUCAAAAAAACAUCCAUUUGGGAUUUGUUAAAACUAAUUCAAAUCUUAGUUCUUCUACUACGCGUACAUCUUCGGGAAUGAUUAACUCAAUAAGGCUUUCUAGUACAGCAAGCUCUUCGCAGUCUACUUCAGCACCGAUUUCGCCAAGUUUGAGUUCGGUUGCAACAAGUGCUUCGGAGCUACCAUCAUUCGACAGCGAUCCAGACGAUCUUUUUGAUGAUAUACUGCAAAAUGAUUCUUUUAACUUCGAUACAAACUUUAACUCGGAGCUUUCAAUUAAGCAGGAGCCUCAAAAUUUAACUGACGCUGAAAUAAAUGCCCUAGCAAAAGACAGGCAAAAGAAGGAUAACCAUAAUAUGAUUGAGCGCAGGCGACGGUUUAAUAUUAAUGACAGAAUCAAAGAGCUUGGCACUCUUUUGCCAAAGGGUAGUGAUGCCUUUUACGAAGUUGUUCGAGAUAUUCGUCCAAACAAAGGGACAAUUUUGAAGUCUUCUGUUGACUACAUAAAAUGCUUGAAACAUGAGGUGUCUCGUUUAAGACAAAAUGAGUGUCGUCAACGUCAAAUGGAGUUGCAAAAUCGAAAACUCAUGUCCCGAAUAAGGGAGUUGGAAAUGCAAGCGAAGUCUCACGGAAUAUCUUUAUCAGACUACCAUUUAACAUCAGUGUCGGCGCCGACUCAAGCUGACGCUUAUCUUAAAAGUUCAAGUCUGUCGCCAUCUGUUUCUCGAAGUCGUCGAUCACUUUUUGACCUACCCGUCGAGAAAAAAAUACAAGUUAUAAACAGUAGUGAUGUUAAUAUGGGAAUGAAUCAGAUCGAUGAACUCAUGGAGGAUUGUAAGCACCCAGUACAAGGCGGGGACCCGAUGUUGUCUUCCCAUAGUCACAUGCAUUCUGCACCACAAUCACCUACCGCAAAUCAAUUGAAUUGUGCAAGCUAUGAACCAAAGAAAGUCUCGGAAGUUGAUGCAGGCAUAUUUAGGGGAAAGUCUAACUUAGUAGCAGAUGAAUGUUGCAGCAUCAAUUGUACUACUUCUUGUUAUAGUCAGCAUCAGUUGCCAACACACGAAAGUCAUCAAAAUCAUUGUCACCAACCCAGUAUACGAGAUAUCCACAGUUUAUCGGAUUCAGUUCAAAGCUCGGAGUUUAGUAGGCUUGAACAUUGCGAUGGCAACCAUGAUCCACUACUGUCAUCUUCUAGGUCACUUGGCACAGUAGACGAAGAUCAUCAUAGUUCUGUUGAUAUAUCUACUGUCAUGAUAAACGACUCACUUUCCUCAUUGGUAGAUGACACCCACAGUGAACCCAUGAUUCUUACUUCUGACACGUUAGAUAUUGAUUUAUAGGCAAACAAAAUAUUUAGGAACACUUAGUUUUUAUUUGAAAUUCGUUGAGGUAGCAGGCUUUAAGUUAAAUUCUGAUAGUUCAAUCCAAUCAAGUGUCUUAAAAUUUAAAAAAUGGAGUCCCUGAAAGGUCGAUAGCAUGCAAUUUUAGAACGAAAGCCUCAACAAACUAUUCAAAACGGUAUUUUACACAAUUUAUAAAAUUUGAUAAGUAAAUAUGUUUUUAAAAAAUGUAUAAUUGUUACCUUACCUUACAUGUUAUUUAUAGUCGGUCUAACCGACAAAAACUAUUAUAUAUUUGUUACUUUAGUUGUAAUAAUAGAAACUUGUGGACUGUGAGGAAAAAAAAUAAAUAUAAAAAUACUUA